AUGUUGAACGGAAUAGAUAAUUUGUACACCGUCAGUGUGUCGGCUCCCGGUAAGGUGAUCCUGCAUGGAGAGCAUUCGGUAGUGUACGGGAAGACAGCUGUGGCCGUUAGUCUUGGACUCAGGAGCUCCAUUGUUAUAAAGGAAGUAAAUUACCACGUGGAACCCACGAUAAGGAUCCACUUACCAUGCGUUGGACUAGAAGAGACUCUACCACUAGAACCCACAGUCAAAAGCCUGUUUCAUCCGAAGCUAGCCCCCGGCAUCACAGGCAAAUUCUCCUGGAGAUUGCCAGACAAAAUAGACCAUGACAGCCACUUAAGAAGAGUGGACGAGUUCCUACAUUUAAUCAAACCAAACUUCGAUGCCUUACAAAAUAACCAGAAGAACUCACUACGGAGCUUCCUCUACGUUUUUUCUGGAAUCUUCGGAAGUACAAACCUUCCAGUCAAGUCUAUGGAGAUCUCGUUGGGCUCUGAACUGACUAUUGGGGCUGGAACUGGCAGUUCAGCGUCCUUUGCCGUAUGCUUAGCUGGCGCUCUCAUCCAACUACUUAAAUUAAAGAGCUCGACUGGCUUCGACGCUUUUUAUGAUCAGACCAGUGAAGACUUUAGUAUGAAUGAAAGAGAGAUCAUAUCGGAAUGGGCGUACAACUGCGAGAGGAUAAUGCAUGGGUCACCUUCAGGUAUAGACAACGCGACCUGCACAUUCGGUUCGCUAGUAUCAUUCAAGAAGGGUAGCAAGCCACGUCAUUUAGACAUUAAGAUGGACUUGAGGGUCCUGCUGGUGGACUCUAGGGUCUCCAGGGAGACCAGAGCCCUGGUGGUGAAGGUUGCAGCUUUGAGGCAGAGGAACACAGCAGCCGUAGACCAUAUACUUGAUGCCUGUGAUCAUGUCGCACACACAGCCACGCAGGUUUUGGAAAAACUCUCCAGUGGCAAGUGUGAAAUAGACUACGAUGCUGAAUACCAGCAUUUAGCAGAACUGUGGGACAUGAACCACUGUCUGCUGUCGGCCCUGGGUGUGUCACACCCUGCUCUAGAGGCGAUACGAGGCGCCGCGCGGGCUAAAGGACUCGCCUGCAAACUUACGGGCGCUGGUGGUGGCGGAUAUGCGAUGGUACUGAUACCUCCAUCAACGCCGCGUUCCGUGGUGGAUUCCCUUUGCGGUCAACUCUUGGAGAACGGGUUCCGUGUAAAAGAGACUCGGCUGGGCGGGCCCGGCGUCUCCAUCGAGAUGUGA